AUGGCGUACAAUAUGAGGCAGAUCAAUGGGACUGAUCCCGACUACCAGGUCCUGGGCGGGAUUGGGAGUGGUUCGUUCGGGGUUGUGACCAAGGUCAGGCGGUUGAGGGACCGUAAGAUCAUGGCGUGUAAGCACUUGAGUUCCGAUCCGGCAGCCGGGAACGUGUCCCAUGUGCAGCGUGAGCUCGAGAUCGCCUUCAAGCUGAGCCGGAGCAACAAUCGGUACCUGGCCAAAUUCUCGGGCGACGUGGCGUUUAACACUAGCCCUUGA